AUGAAAAUACAAAAGGUCAACAAUCGAGUUAAACAAUUGGAAACCCCAAUUGAUUACAAUUACGACUCUUUGAAAGCUUGUAAAUGUGAUUCCUGUGAUUACUGGUCAAUAUUAAGUCCCAGUCAAUCAAGCAGUUUAUUUUUAGGAAUAUUGAUUCCCAUUAUUUGGUUGAUCAAUUUAUUCAGAAUCAUCAAUUGUUUAUAUUUUACAAAUAGUGAACCAUUGGCAGCCACGGCUUACCUUCAAAUUUUUAAAACCAAAGUCAGAAUGAAAAGUAAUGUCCCAUUGACAUCUCAUUACAUCGAAUAUCAUAAUAAUAAUAGAGUUGAAAUGUACAGUUGCUUAGGACAUAUUUUAGCUGCUAUGAUGGUUUAUGGAUUGGUUUUAUUUGCAAUAGUAAUGGCGUUUGCAAAGUCAACAAGAGUUGUUAUUUGGCCCAACAAUUGA